GUAGUUAAGAUGCUCUCCCUGUGCUGUGUCUCCGCUGUGAUGGCUAUUUUCCUCCAGCCUGCCUUCUCCAUUACCUACAACUGUUCUGAUCUGUACAAGAGGCUCCCAGACAACAACGACUUGACAGUGGACUGCGGGGCCAGCAUGAUCAACCUGAAGGUGAACCUGUGUACGGCUCAGUGGGCAGGCUUCGACCCCUCCGGUCUGGCUCUGAAUGGAGAGCACAACAAGAGCCAGUGCCAGGGCUUGAUUGACACCAGCGUGGAUCCGCCUGUCAUACGCUACCAGCUGCCUGUCAAUCACAGCCAGGCGAACCCCUGUCGACAGUCACUGCAGAUCUUGGACGAGGCCCCGGAUGCCUCUGGUCCUUUCAACUUUUUCUCCAGCAUCCAGUCGGUCAUCAUCACAGGUUACCUUAACACCCCCAAGUCCUCUGUGGGGAUCAUCAGUUACACCACGGACCUCUACUAUCACUUCUCCUGCCGCUACCCGUUGGAGUACCUUCUCAACAACACACAGAUUGUAGCGUCGUCAGUCUCAGUGGCCACCAGUGACAACAAUGGCACGUUCAUCAACACCUUGAGUAUGAGUGUUUUUAAUGGCACUGAUUAUGGUUACCCAUUGGUGGUACCACCAACAGGACUUGAAUUGCGUUCCAAGGUUUAUGUGGAGGUCAAGGCCACCAACCUCACUGGGAAUUUUAAUCUUUUACUUGACCACUGCUUUGCAACCCCAUCAGCGUACAACAUGUCAAACAAUGAGAAGCACGACUUCUUCACAGGAUGCACUGUUGAUUCACGCUCAUCAGUCACACAGAAUGGGAUUUCCAAGAAUUCCCGAUUCUCCUUUGAGGCAUUUCGCUUUGUGACACACAAUAACCUGGAAAAGUCCAGUAUCUUCCUGCACUGCAUCCUUCGACUGUGUGAGCCCAGCAAGUGUCAGAAACUGGUUGAUGCUUGCAAUAGCAGGAGAAAGAGAUCACUGGAGCCUUUUGGAUCCGAGUCAGCAGAAUCAGCCACUGUUUCUGUGGGACCACUCUAUACUAGCAGAGAUGAGGAAAGACCUGCUGCGUUGGCAUAUAGCAGCGGAGGGGUACAGUCAAGAGGUGACAGGGUUAAUAUCACAGGGCUGGUGGUAGGGAUCCUCUUUGGCACUGCAGCCAUAGCCCUGCUUGUCCUUGGCAGCUGGUUUGUCCUCAAGAAGUUCUACUGGGCAGGCGGUCUGUCCCACUCCUUUGACUGA